UGACCGUCCCCGAGCCGGAGAUGCCGGCGUCGGAGCACAGGCGUUUGUUCCUCGCCAGGUUCGACGUGCUCAUCUUCCUGCAUUGCGGGCUGCUUUGGGUCCUCUGCGCAGUGUACCUCGCCUUGGUCAUCGCGCGUCUUGCCCUGGGUAAGCUCGAGGUUCCCCCCGCGCUCUGGUCUGCGUCCUGGGUCUGCGCUUACAUCAUUCUGUGUCUCACCCCCGCUUCCACGUUUCUCGUCGGCGCGCGCUCCUCGCGCUCCUUGCGCUCCCCGUACGACACCACCGACGCCAACAAGGACCCUGCCAUGAUUGGAGUCCCGUUUCGGCCGCCUUCAUGCUGCUCGCAAUUGAUUAUGAUAAGGUGGUGGGUCUGUUGGGUGUGGAAGGAUGUCAGAGGGAACGGAUUGGUUCAAUAGUGAGGGAUGUGUGGUUAAUGGGUGGUAUUGCAACAUGUUGUUUCGUCACCUUACCCAGUAUGAUAAUGAGGCAGUGGAGGAUGAAGAUGAAGUAGAGGGUUAUGUGGUUGUGUUGUUGAGGUAUAUACUCGCCCUCUUCUCUGUUCACCUAUUGGUGCCACGUUAUAUGUUUUUAUGAGCAUGCUGUU